CAAGGAGGAAGACAACAGCAGCAGCCACGACGAUGGACAAGAACAACGAUGCGUUGAAGGCCAUGCAGGCGGACGCGGCCAAGCUUGGCUUCCAGAUGGCCUCGGAGUCUGACUUUGCUGUCACGGACGAGGAGUUGGAGGGCGACCUGGAAGAAGUCAACGAGGAAGCAGAGGUCGAGGAACUGGAGGCUGCGUCUCAACAGGAGAAAUUGGCCUUCCUCAACACCCGCUUCGAAGAACUCAAGGGCCGUGCGAAGGAGCUGCGAAACAAGGGUGCUCCCGAUGCUGCCGUGGAGGUCGUCAAGCAGCGCGCCAUGGUGGUCAAUGGCAUGCGCGAGCGGGUGCAAGCAAAUGGCAACGCAGCAAUCACACGCAUGCCGCAGGUGCCAAGCAUCGCACAGUGCCUCAAAGCUGCACACAGCACACGCGGCAAUGCGCGAGCAGCGCCACAGCAGCGGACGCCACCCAAGCAGCAACAGCGGCAGCAGCCAUCGCCCAAAAAGCAGUCGCCGCAGCCACAGCAGCCACGGGGCGAGCGCGAGGCUGAUCCUGACCAGGCGGUAGCGAACGUGUUGGCGGCACUACAGGACGGGCAGAAGCUGAUGGCGCAGCUUGGGGACGACGAUGAGGACAACUUUGAUGACGCAUAUGAUGACGGCGACGAUGACGACGAUGAUGGCGAGAUUGAUGUGGACAAGGAGCUGGCAGAGGAACCAGAGUUUCCCGGGCAAACACGCCAACAGCAGUUGCAGCAGCAGCAGCAGCGGCAGCAGCAACGGUUGGCGGUCGAACAUGCGCAGCGGGCGGACGCAGCUGGUCUGGAGAGCGUCGAUGUCCUUGAUCAGGACAACAAGGUGUCCAGCAAGGUUGAUAUCAGUGUCGAGGGUGACGACGACGACGACGACGAUGAUGAUGAUGAGAAUCGACGCACCAGUCUCUCGCGCAGGAUCCGGCGGUCUCUCAGUCCUCUCAGCCGAUCAUCAUCACCGUCGUCGGCCAAGCAGUCGCCAUCGCAGGGGAAGGAGUCGAGCUACAUUGCGCUGGUGGAGACGACGACGCUGAAGAUGCAGUACGAGUCAGCGGUGCGCAAACAUCGCAUUGCCGGUAACGCCCAAUAUGCCGCGCACUGCGAGAAAAUGCUGAGCGUGCUGGUGGAUAUUGAGCAGCACAUCCGCGAUGGAAAGCCGUUUGAUGUCAAUAAGCUUCCCUCCCCACCUGAUCCAGUCAAGGACGACAACGCCAAGGCGUACGAUGCUCUUGAGCAGACGCUGCGUGCACAGGAGAAGGAGUGCCUUGAACUUGCACAGAAGUAUCACGCGCAGGGCAAAAUGGAACACGAGAAGCGACUUAAGCAAUUUGCAGACAAGUUCAAGCGGGAUCUGAAUGCGGUGGUGACGAUGCGUGGACGCGGACAGCCGGUCCCAUCCACCGAGCAGCGCUCGUUCACAUUCAAGCUUGAGCGCCUGAAUCUCGACCUGCGGCAGGAGGAUCUGGCCAUCGACGUGAAGCGUGGCAUUGCCAUCAACCUGCCAAAAGGUGUUGGCAAGGACUACUCCAUGAACAUCAAGGCCAGUCUUGCAUAUCCAAAGGACACAGUGCAGGAGAAGCACAGCAAAGAACACGUGACCUGCGAGCCGCACCCAACCUUCAACCACACCCACUUCAAGCUGCACAUCACGCGCGAUCGGCGGUUCAAGAAUUUCGUUUCCCGCGGUUAUGUUGUCCUCGCCAUCACCGCCCGCAAGAAAGGAUUCAGCUCAUGGUUCUCAAACGAGAUUAAUGUGUGUGAAUGCAAGCUUCCCCUGCAAGAGCUGCUGGCGUCAUCGGAGGUUCACAAGUGUUUCCCCUGUGGCCGUUCAAAGACCGCAAAGCUUGAGGUUGUCCUCCGCCUGCAGUCGCCGCUGGAAGGGCGGGACUUGGUGGACAAGGAGUACACGUGGACCAUCGUGAACCCAACGGCUGCCAAGGCGGCGGCCGUGACGCAAGCGCUGGAGAAGAAGGAGGAGCAGAUCACUGCUGCCCUCGCCCGCUCGCCCAACAAGGACACGUCCACAUCGCCGUCGUCGUCGUCGUCGUCACCAGCAACAUCACCUGCGUCUGCGCAAUCGAGCGGAAACAGCAAGCUUGCAGCGUAUUUGCACCCGAAACACAUCACCAGUCACGAUGUGCUCAUGCUCAGAUUCAACCAAUACAAGGAGAAGCUUGCGCCGUACCAGGCGGCCAUCCAGAGCGGUCGCGCCCCAAAGCAGGUCGCCGCACUCGUCAAGGAGCGGCAACUGUGCGUUGAGCGGCUGAAAGCGGCCAAGGCGACCGUUCGUACAGGGGGUGACAGGCUCAAGGCAUACCUGGCCAAGGUCUUGCGGGAACGGGAAAACUACAGGAAGAUAGUGGCCAUGUGCAAGGACUCACAGCCUGACCUGGCUCGCACUGCCAUGUUGUGUUACAAAGCAGCAACACAAGAGAUUGAGGGAGCGCGGCAGAAGGUGCCGACCGCUGUUGCUGCUGCAGAAUCUGCGGUGAAGGCAAAGACAUCCACCACGCAGGCCACCUCGCCCGCCAAAACCACAGCAGAAACAGAAACAGGCGGUGGUGACGAUGAUGAAGACGAUGAUGGCAAUGACGAUGAUGACGGUGGUGAUGGGGCGGCACCAGUCGCGUCAUCAUCUGCCGUCUCCGAGACGCAAUCCAGCGCUCUGCAGCCGCCACCGCUCAGUGAGAUCCACAGCAAUCUUGCUCUCACGGCCCUGUACGCCGAACUCAAUGCUGAGCUGCAGCCGCAUGAGUCUGCGUUGGCCAAAGGCGCCGCGUCCCCGCAAGUCCUCAAACUCGCCCGCCAGAGGCGCGAGGUGACCCAGCGCAUGAUGGAGCUGAAGAAGGCGGCGGGUGCAGCAGCAGAGGGCGGUGACCUGAAGGGAUAUAUUACGCAAUACAUGCAACACCUGGAGCGGAACCGCGAUGCGUUCAUUCAACUGCACAGGGCAUACAUGAAGCGCCAGAACCAGGCAUUGAGCGAGCGCUAUGCAAACAUGGCCAAGGGCGCCGCAUCAGAGAUUGAGGAGACAAAGGCGGUGUUGCAGCAGCUGUGAUGAUGGCCGCUAGUCAUCCAUCCAUCCACUGUGACGCGUGCAGUUACGCAUGACAUUGAACCGUUUCGUGCCCUUGUUCUUCUUUCACACACACACACACACACACACACACACACACACACA